CGUCAUGUGUGACGUAACCAGGAAGGGCAAAGUCACUUUAGCCGCAGCUUCGGGGCCCUAACGGAAUACAGCCCUGAAUGUUAUUAAAAAAGAAAUUUAACAGCUGUUGCAACUUGAAUUUUCGGACCGAUAGCUACAGACAGCUUAAGAGCCGCUUCGGCUUCUGAUUUAAUAUUUGUUUCAUUGGUGCUUUAACUUGCUAACUAGCUGCUACGCUCGAUAACCAGUUUAGUCGAUCAUUGUAGCAGAAUAUCGAUGGUAAUUUUUCAGCAAGAAUAGGCUUUAUUGUUGAGAAAUGUCUUAUAGAGCAGGAUCCUGGAUGUUGGUUGCAGCCACAGUGUUUCUGUUGGAUGCGGCUGACUUUACAGAAGCGAAGAACUUUGAGGAUGUCCGCUGCAAAUGCAUCUGCCCACCAUACAGGAACAUCUCUGGACACAUUUAUAAUAUAAACGUCACCCAGAAAGAUUGCAACUGCCUCCAUGUGGUGGAUCCCAUGCCAGUUCCUGGCCAUGAUGUGGAAGCUUACUGUCUGUUGUGUGAGUGCAAGUAUGAAGAGCGAAGCAGCAACACUAUAAAGGUGACCAUCAUCAUGUACCUGUCUGUUGUCGGGGCUCUGCUUCUCUAUAUGCUGUUUCUGCUGCUUGUGGAUCCUCUUAUCCGCAAACACGACCCCUACAUCCAACCUCUGCACAACGAGGAAGACUCUGAGGAAAUGCGUCCUCGUCCAGACACUGGGCUGGCCAGAGGAAACACAGUGUUGGAGCGAGUUGAGGGUGCACAGCAACGCUGGAAGAAGCAGGUGCAGGAACAGCGCAAGACUGUUUUUGAUCGCCAUAAGCUGCUGAGUUAAACCUCACAACUGAAUGUCAACAUCUUCAGAGUGAAAAACAAAAACACCCAGGACUCGUAUUAUUACACCCUCAUCAGCUGCACUGUUUCAACCUCAGAUUUCAUGUGAAAUGCAAGGCCUGUAUAACUUAAAGGCUUUAGACACUGAUCUAACAGGCAGAGCAUUUUUAACAUUGUAUUUCUCUUAUCAUCAUUUAAUGUGAACUUAGUGAAAAGAAAAAAAUAUUUGCACAUUCAUAAAUAUAUUAACAGUUAUUUUAAGCUGCUUUAAAGGAUGAGAUAAUUUAUUAAAUUUUUUUUUUUUUUUCCACUAUUGCUAUUAGGAGCUUUCCCUUUUGUUAUUUUAAAAAGAAAGACUGUUGUGGAUCUCCAGUUUCAUGAGCUUUAAAGAAAAAAACACAUUGAGGUUUGUUUUGAUAACAAUACUCAAUUACCAAAUAAUCCAUAUGUUCUGGUUUAUUCAUUUACUGUUUGGCACAAUUUCAUCAAACCAACAAGAUGAUUUGUUUUAAAAUGUUCACAAUGAACCACUUUUUUAAUAUAAUAUAGAUUCCUGUCAGCCAAGUGAACCUCUACUACUUAUAAUUAGUAGCUUUACAGUUAUGAAUUCAUUCUUCUGCAAUGUUGCCAUUCGUUCAAAUAGUAAAUAUCAUAAAGCUUGAAGAAAUUUUAGAUCCAAAAAGGGAAAAUAAAUUAUUCUUAAGAGCACUUAAUAUAUGGAAAUGCCAAUCAGCUUUUUAAUGUUUUUUUUAAUGAGAAAAGUAAAUAAAAAGAAAAACAAAAAAUGUUAAAACAAAUUUUAAGAACCACACCUUACCAUGCCUACUGAUUGUUAAAACGAAACUGUUUGAUUCAGAACAGAAGCUCUUUCCAGUGAAAUAGAUAGAAGGAUGGAUGGGUCUGCUUACCCUGUGAUUCCACCUCCUCCCCUCCUACCUGUUCCUGCCCAUUCCAUUUCAGACCGCCUCUG